AUGCAGACUGAUGGAGAUAAUGUCCCUCCAUAUUCUAAGCAGGCUAUUGAGAUCAUCGAUCGAAUUCAACAACGAGAAGCAGACAAUGCAAUGGUCAUCAGCCAAUUCAAAUCCCUCUUGGAAGGGCUGUCUGAGGAACAAGCAAGACAGGUAAUGAAUGACUGCCAUAAAAAAUGCCUUGGCCAUGGGGGAGACUUCCCACAAAAGUUUGCCUUUGUGUACAGUCAAUUUCGAAAGCAACUCUUCCACAGUCCUCAGUCAGCACCAAUGCUACAACUUGCAGUGCUUUUCAAGUCAAACAGCCCCGACGACUACACUGCCCUGUUGAACCAACUUCGCCUCGAAGUUGUGAAGGAUACCCAGCGAGAGCCUGGAGCCAAGUGUCACCUUCUGAUGAUGCUGGAAUCUCUUAUCUCAGAAGGUGGAAGACUGGGAGAAGAUGGGAAGAAGUUCUAUGAGGGCCAGGGUGUUGACAAAAGUCUGCUUCAGUUGAGCUGCCAGGUGGUGCACGAGAUGAAAAACUUAAAGAGCCAUGGAUCAUAUGAGAUCGUUCGACCUCACCCAAGGGUCGACAAGAAGCGUAGUUUCCCAUCUGAGAUCUCCCUGCCUCCAUAUCAUGAGUCUGGGAUCCCACCUGAACCCUCUAAGACUCCUGACCUGAAGGCUGCAUGGCAGGUUGAGCAGAUGAGAAAAGCAGGAAAGAUAGCCCGCUCCAUCCUCAAGACCGUGGGUCAAUCCAUAAAGAUUGGGAUGAGAGCUGAUGAAAUUGACGAUCUUGUGUACGAGAUGUGUCUUGCAAAUCGUGCCUAUCCUUCGCCACUCAAUUACCGAGGCUUUCCAUCAUCAUGUUGCACCUCUGUGAAUAAUGUCGCCUGCCAUGGCAUUCCGGACUCACGUCCCCUGUCCAAUGGGGACAUCAUCACUGUUGAUGUCACAGUUUAUCUGGAUGGAUAUCAUGGAGAUUGUGCCGAGACGUUCCUUAUUGGAGAAGUGGAUGAGUUUGGGAGACAUCUAGUGGAUGUGGCUCGACUCUGCCGAGAUGAGGCCAUCCAGCACUGUGGUCCAGGACAACCAUUUCAAGUCAUUGGACACAUAGUAGAAACCACGGCAGAGAAGCACGGCCUCAAAGUCGUACCGGUUUUUGCUGGCCACGGGAUCGGAACCUAUUUUCACGGACCCCCAGAUGUUCUACACUGCCAUAACAACGGAGAAGAGCAGAUGACGUCCGGUAUGGUGUUCACCGUGGAACCGAUCCUGAGUCAGGGUGGCAGCCAGGUCGUGAUCCUGGAAGACGGGUGGACUGCCAUGACACUGGACAAUGCUCGCACUGCUCAGUUCGAGCACACCAUCCACAUCACAGACGAUGGAGUUGAAAUCCUCACUCUCUGA